AUGGGGUGGAUUGCAACUAUAUUUUCAAUCGUAUAUGGAAUUGGAAAAUUUGUGAAUGGCUACUUAAGUGACCGAUCAGAUGCCAGAUAUUUCAUGGUUGUGGGGUUAUGUCUCUCUGCGAUUAGUAGUAUUUUGAUGGGUUUGGGUUCAGGCCUUUUCUUUUUUGUUCUCAUGUGGGAGAUUAAUGGUUACUUUCAAUCUAUGGGAUGGCCCCCAUGUGCUCGCUUAAUUACACAUUGGUUUAGCUCUACCGAACUAGGAUCAAAAUGGGCGUUGUGGGCCUCUUCUCAUCAAAUUGGUGCAGUUGCAAUUUUUAGCCUUGGGGGAUUACUCAUUGAAAGAUAUGGUUGGCGCUCUGCCUUUCUUGUUCCCGCAUUUGUUUGUCUUGGUCUUGCCUUCUUCUUAUUUAACCGCCUCCGCGAUACACCUCAGCAAGUGGGACUCCCUCCUGUAGAAGAGUAUAAAGGAGAUGUGGUCCAUGUUUCUGAACAUUAUCAAGAACGUAUCACUUUAAAAGAAGUACUAACAACUGUCCUUGCUAAUAAGCUUGUUUGGUUUAUGGCUACUGCCAACACGUUCCUCUACGUGCCUCGAAUGGGGAUUUUCUUUUGGGCUCCUACCUUCUUAAAAGAAUUGAAGGGGGUUUGGUCAUUGCUGGAAUGCAGCUCGUAG